CAAACCGACGGUAAAACGAAAUUCUCCCAAAGUUGUAGCAGCAAAACGAAAAGCCAAAUUUCGUCGGAUGCGAGAUGCUCGAAAAAGAAAACAGUGCUUGACAGCCCAACCUCCAGUCACCAUGGCAACGAGGGUGGAUCAUGGCCUGGAAGUGAGCCUUGGAGUGGCACUCAAAAACCUGGGGAAGGGAGGCUUUGCUGCUGCUCUAUCGAGACAGGUUUUCAAAAGCGCAUCCAAACAAGUCACCUUACGAGAUCCUGAUGCAGAAGUCCGCUGGAAAGUUCUUCCUGAACAAAAACAAAGCCCAAGCCCAAGCCAUCGAGAAGAACGAAGUCCACAAGUUCGACAUCAGCGCCUUCACCUGUUGCUGUCCAAAUGCGUGCAACCUUUCGAACGCUCCAGGCAACUGGAAAGAUCUGAAGACUCGGAAGGUGGGGGUUCGAAUCCUAUCUGA